AACCGUUUUAGUUUAACUUAAAAAGAUGAUCUCUCUGUGUCUGUCUGUGCCACUACUGUAUAUAUAAAUAUAAAGAGCUCCGUUUCACAUGUCUCUCACACUUCACAUUAAAAAAAAUUUCAAAAUUUCGAAAUUCGAAUUCACAAAUCUCUCUCUUUAUAUAGACGAUGAUGAUGACGAGAGGAGGAGGAGAAGGUGAAUCGUGGUCUGAGAUGGAGGCGAUGAUAGCUAGGAAGAUGGUUGAGGAGGAGGUUGAAACAGAGAGCAGUGGUUCGUCGGAAACUGAGACUGAGUCUCCUAGAUCCGUGGGACGUUGGAUCACGGCUAAGGAGAGAGUUAUUCAUAGCCAGGUUUUGAAGAUCAGGGAAGAGGAUCUCUGCGUUCUCGUCGAAGACAAAGUGAUGAUGACGAAUCCAGAGGAGGAUCAUCGACGAUAUAUACGUCCACGUCGUUUUAAUCUGUUACUGAUCACGCGGCAGAACCUGCCUUGUUCUCCUCUUAGUGGUAAAGUGAGAUCUUCAGUUAACGCUGUUCAGUGAUUGGUUCCUAUAUAUCAAAGGUACGUAUGUGUAUCUUUUUUAUGUAUUGAGCUUAGUUUUUUUUUUUUUUUUUUUGUUU